UUCAUAGCAUUAAAUCAAAGUGUUUUUGAGUCCAAAAAUCUCAACACACUCCCCCCUCUUACCACUCAUAACAUAACCACCACUAGUCUACUAAAAAAAACAAAACAUGGCCUCGGCUUCGGCCUCUGCCGCCGCUACCUCGUCUUUCAUCGGGACCCGCCUUACAGAGGUGCCAUCGAACUCAGGCAAGGUCACAUGCCGGUUUGGGUUCGGAGCCAAGAAGGUGGCCAAGAAAGCCCAACCUAAAUCAGGCUUUAGCACAGACCGGCCAUUAUGGUACCCUGGUGCCAAGGCCCCAGAAUAUUUAGAUGGGAGUUUAGUUGGUGAUUAUGGGUUUGACCCAUUUGGUCUUGGAAAGCCUGCAGAGUAUUUGCAAUAUGACUAUGAUGGUUUGGACCAAAACUUGGCCAAGAACUUAGCUGGUGAUAUUAUUGGAACACGAACAGAAUCAGCGGAUGUAAAGUCCACAUCCCUGCAGCCAUACAGUGAAGUUUUCGGACUUCAGAGGUUCAGGGAGUGUGAGCUGAUCCAUGGAAGAUGGGCUAUGUUGGCUACUCUUGGUGCUCUCACUGUUGAGGGGCUCACUGGUAUCACUUGGCAAGAUGCUGGCAAGGUGGAACUAAUUGAAGGAUCAUCUUACCUUGGCCAACCACUUCCCUUUUCAAUGACCACAUUGAUAUGGAUCGAGGUGUUGGUCAUCGGAUACAUCGAGUUCCAGAGGAAUGCAGAGCUUGACACAGAAAAGAGGCUUUACCCAGGUGGAACCUUCGACCCAUUGGGCUUAGCAUCUGACCCGGAAAAGAAGCCAAUCCUUCAAUUGGCAGAGAUCAAGCAUGCCAGGCUAGCUAUGGUUGGUUUCCUUGGGUUUGCUGUACAAGCUGCUGUUACCGGUAAAGGUCCGCUAAACAACUGGGUGACCCAUUUGAGCGACCCACUCCACACUACUAUCUUGGACAGGUUCCUGUAGAGUGACUAUUUGGAUGGGAUCCUAUAGAUUAAGCAUCCUAAAGUGCCCAUAAUAUAGGGUUCAAUGUGUAGUUCAGGAUUGCCUACGCUGUUAUCUUGUACCAGUACUGUAAAGAGUGGAUUAUUGGCACUUGAAGUAGAAUGGAGAACGCAUUCUAUAGACAGUUUAUAUGAUAA